AUGGAGCACGAUCACUCUGUUGAAGAGGAGGAUCAACGUAGCUGGGCAGGUGAUUUUGAUCCUUUCGCUGACCCCGAAGAACGGCGGGUCCUUUUCGCUACAUUCGACUCGUUCAGGCAAUAUCGGCGAAAUGCCCAUCAAAAUACGACACAUCGCCGCCGACAGGCCUUCUACGCCUUGCCUUCAGAGCACUGGCAAAUGCUGUCUGAGCCACCAUUCUCCAUUUUGGACCAGUUCAACAAAGUAGAUGAUGCGAUCGACACCAAUGCUGAGAUCGCCGAUGCCAUCCUGAGCGUCGGGUUGGAGUCAUUUGGUCUUUCUGCCACCCCAGAUAAAGACGACCCAACCAAGAACUGGCACGGAACUGCGACAUCAUCCGAUGUGAACAAAGCCCAUUCAACCAUCCGGCAGUUCUACCGUGACUGGAGUGCCGAAGGCCGCAUUGAGCGCGAGGUCUGCUACGACCCCGUCCUCCAGGAUCUGCGCAAUGAAUUUCAGACGCGCCGUGCCGCCGGCGAAGAGAUCCGAGUCCUGGUCCCUGGUGCCGGGUUGGGACGACUGGUCUUUGAAGUUUGCUUGGCUGGAUUUGACGCGGAAGGCAACGAGAUCUCGUACCACCAGUUACUGGCCAGUAGCUGGGUUCUCAACCACACCGAUGGACCUCAGGCCCACGCACUCCACCCUUUCGCAUUGCACUUCUCCAAUCUGAAGUCUCGCGCGCAACAAUUGCGGUCUGUCAUGAUCCCCGAUGUGCACCCUGGAACAGCAAUGAAGGCUGCAGGCUCAAGUGAUAUUGGAACGAUGUCGAUGUCGGCAGCGGAUUUUGUGGUUCUAUAUAACCAACCCGAGAAUCGGGAGGCGUUCGACGCGGUGGCAACGGUGUUCUUUAUCGACACGGCACCUAAUCUGAUUCGAUACAUCGAGGCGAUCCGGCACUGUCUCAAGCCGAAUGGAAUCUGGAUCAACGUGGGUCCUUUGUUAUGGCAUUUCGAGGACGGGCACAAAGACAAUGAUGGUGACGCGACUGGUAUUGGUGAGCCGGGUAAUGUGGAAUUGACAGAGGAGGAAGUGGUUUCUUUAGUUGAACGCAUGGGAUUCCGUUUCGAGACACAGCCGGGCGAUCGGCGGUCUUGCGGCUAUAUUCAGGAUGCUGAUAGCAUGCUUCAGAACUUGUAUCAGCCUUCGCAUUGGGUAGUGAGAAAAGUGGCUGAGACCACCUAA